AUGAAUCUCUACGACGAAGAAUCUCUGAAGCAGGAGGUAAUCUACCUUCACUCUCUCUGGCACCAUGGUCCUCCGACCCGGAACCCGAUCCCUAGCCCUAGUUUCAACCCGUUUCAGGACCCGGUUCAGAGAUCCAGGACGAAUUACAUCCCGCCGGCGGAUUUCCAGCUCCUAUCUCGCUAUGGAGCUGCUGUUCCGCCGAUGACAUCGCGAAACCCUAACCAACCUCAAAAUCUCCACAAUAACAAGCGCUCGAGGCCCGAUUGGGAUCGGGAAUGGGCCGUGAAGGAGCUUCAUCGUUCUCCUCCAACGGGAUCUGGCUGGCCGGAAUUCAAGCCGUGUAAGAAGGCGCGACCUCUUUCGGAAGAGGAGAAGGCGAAAUUCGCUGCGAAUCAGCUUCAGAGAGAAAUCCACCGCACCUGUCGCGACUUCUUCGGCAGAAAAUCCGGCGAAGAAGACAGCUCCGGCGCUGGGGGAGAUGAUGGAUCGUCGGAUACCGAUGAAGGAGACGACGAUCAUCAGUCUUCGGAGAGAGUGAAAACUUCUUCCAAGGAGUUUCAGUUUUUCUCGAGAUUGUUUGAAGAGAACGGGAAGCUCAAGGAAUACUACGAGAAGAACACCGGGAAUGGAGAGUUCUGGUGCCUCGUUUGCGGCGGCACCGGAGAUAAAAGCUGCCGGAAAUUCAAGAGCUGUUUGGCUUUGAUUCAGCAUUCUCUUGCGAUUCACAAGACGGUCUUGAAAACUCCGCAUAGGGCUCUCGCUCAGGUUGUCUGCAAUGUUCUUGGCUGGGACGUUGAUAGUCCAGUUGCGUCGUCUCAAAAGAACGCUCAGAUUGGUGUAGAGGUGGUGAUGGGAUCUGAGUCGCUUUCGGAUCCAAAGAAGCCUCAGGUCGUGACGGUAGAGGAACUUGCAAAGACUGAAUUGUUACAAAUGCAGCAGAAUGCGUCAGAAGCUUUGAAAGAAUUUCUUGCCAAGGAUACUACUGAUGAUGGAAUUGAGGAGAAUGGUGAUGAGAAUUUGUCAGAGGAGUUGGAGUUGAUAUCUCGAGUCUUCUCGGAGAACGCUGAGCUCAAGAGCUACUACGAGAAGAACAGUGAAGGUGGACUCUUUAUCUGUCUUGUGUGUUGUGCUGCGACUGAGAGGAAGAUGAUAAAGAGGUUCAAACACUGUUACGCACUUGUUCAGCAUUUCACUAAGAAGCCGAAGCUGAAGAAACGAGCUCACAGGGCUUUUGCUCGGUUUGUCUGUGAGCUACUCGGCUGGGAGUUUGAUCGUCUUCCAAGUAGAGUGGUGAAAAGUGGUGCUUCUAAUGUCGAAUCUAAUGCUAGCCAGAACAAUGAGAAGCCAUCUUCAGUAAUCGAGGAACAUAUGUGCGAAGAUAAAACUGAUAAUCCACAGGAGAACAAUGAGUCAUGCGUUGGUUCGUAG